GGAUACGUAAAUGUUUGUUUUUCUCUUUUAGCCCCGUAACUAUGGGCUAUUAUCAACUAUUCACCUUUCUCCGGCAUCUUUUCUUGUACAUGGGUAACCCUGAGAGGAGCGUAAAGUGUAGGCAUAAAAACCUUUUUAACCUCUUCACGACUACCUCAUCAUCUGUAUUAUCCUUGCCGGGGUAAGAUCACAACCCCGUCACGAGUCUUUUCGACACGAGACCGAGGUCGUGUCGGCCCCUAGAUACCCCAGGCCAGGGUCUAUUUUGCCGCUCGGUAUUGGUCGUCUUGAGCCAUUUAGGUAUUUGCGAAUGGAGGUACCGCAGGAUACGGAACGUCGGCUGGGCGAGGAUGCAGGCGUAACAGUGACUAAUGACGCCGCUUCGCGAAAGGGCUCAGUCGAACAGGGAGAGGAAGAGCAGGGUCGGCAGAGCCGCCAAAGCCAUUCGAGCCACGCUUCCAACGCGUCCGACGACACGGAUCCGCUUAGCCCUUUGGCAUUGGCCUUGUCUGCCGGUGUUGAAGCGUACGAGGAGGUAGCGCGCGUGCGCACCGCCACGAGCAUAGGAAGCGCCGCCUCGCGGCCCCCGGAUUUCGAAGUCACCUUUGAGGAUGAUGAUUCGGAAGACCCCAGGAACUGGCCGCUAUGGUACCGCUCAUGGAUCGUAUUCUCCAUCAGCUACACCACAUGGGUGGUCGUGUUCUACAGCACCAGUUACACCGCGUCUAUACCUGGUCUGACCAAAGAGUUUCACGUAUCCACGACCGUCGCAACCCUCGGCGUCACGAGUUACCUCCUCGGGCUCGCUACCGGUAGCUUGCUGGCUGCGCCGGCCAGCGAGCUGUAUGGCCGGCGGCCGGUAUACGUCAUCUGUAUGGUCUGCUUCACCCUUCUGGUGAUUCCAUGCUGUCUGGCGACGUCGUUGGAAGAAGUCAUAGUGGUUAGGUUCUUUGGCGCGGUGUUUGGCGCCGUGAUGGUCUCUAAUAGCGCCGGAAGUAUUGUCGACAUCUCCACGGAAGAGAACCGGGCUCUUAUCAUGUCGCUCUGGUCCAUUGCACCGUUGAAUGGACCUGUCACGGGCCCUGUUAUCGGUGGCUUCGUAUUCGAGAGCCUCGGCUGGAGAUGGGAAAACUGGCUUGCGCUAAUACUGGCCGGAGCCGGAACUGUUAGUAUGAUAUUCUCGAAAGAGACAUACGCCCCUAUCAUCCUUCAAUCGAUGGCCGCACGCAAACGCAAGGAUACCGACGACGAGAGGUGGUGGUGCCGGUACGAUCAGAAGUUGUCCAAGUUGGCGCUCAUGAGAAUCAACCUGCUACGGCCGUUCGAGCUCUCUUUGACGGAGCCGAUACUCUGGUUCUUUAAUAUCUGGAUCUCCCUCAUAUACGGGAUUCUCUACUUGUGCUUCAUUGCUUACCCCGUCGUGUUUUCGCAAAAUCGUGGUUGGGGACCCGGGAUUUCCGGCCUCGCAUUUGUAGGCAUUGGCACGGGUACCAUGCUCGCCAUCCUCACCGAGCCUCUCUUACGGAAGAUCAUCAACGCCCACCCUAAGGACUCGCUCACAGGCCGGGUGCCCCCUGAGGCGACCGCGCGCGUCAUGAUUAUCGGUGCGGUCCUUGUUCCCGUCGGACAGCUAGUCUUCAGCUGGACCUGUCUUCCCGGGACGAUUCACUGGGCGAUCCCGAUUGCCUUUGGCAUUCCUUUCGGCGCCGGCAACGCGAUCAGCUUCAUCUACGGCUCGAACUACCUCGCCGGCGCCUACGGUAUUUACGCCGCCUCGGCUCUGGCGGGAAACACGAUGAUGCGCAGCGUAUUCGGUGGCACCCUUCCCUUGGCUGGCCCGUCUAUGUACGCCGCGCUUACGCCGCAGUGGGCGGGCACGCUGCUCGGGUUGUUGGAAGCGGCUAUGAUUCCCAUUCCGAUUGUCUUUUACCGGUACGGCGAGAAGAUUCGAGCCAGGAGCCCUAUAAUUCGGCAGAUGCGCGAGGACCAAGAGAAGAACGAGCGCCGCGCUGCCCGCGCGAAAAGAUGGAGAGAGAGACACCAAGGCGAACAAGAGGUUAUCGGUGGAACCCGACCAUCUGAGCCCGAGGGGAGGCUGACGCAAGAAGACGCAGAGAAAGGAGUGGUCGGAACGAGCCCUCUAGGACCGUCAGUAUGAAAGACGAGACCAACGUAUAAUGUCUCGUCGGGACCGUGAUGCUUGUACUCGAGUCUUUUCGUGUGGGGAAUAAAAUAGGUAUGAUUGAUAUUAUAGGCCGGUUAAACUGUUAUCGAUAAUGUAUGAAUGAACUCGUCAAGGAAACGAGAGGCCAGGAACUUGUAAUUUGCGGCUUGCGUGUACGGCAUCGAGGGAUGGACAUAUUCCCUGACUCGACAGCACAUUAUCCCUCCGUCGAGGAUUCACCACCACAUCUCACAGGAACACUAGGUAAGUCCUGGGGGACGCCGCCUGAAAACGCCCUGAUGAAGGCUACAAAUGCCGCUGGUUCAAAUAGAGUAAAACGCGGCUUACUGGCGUUGUAUCGGGUGUCGACGAGGUUUCCGAGGCAUGUCUGUGGGAUGGAAGAGACGUGACGAGUAGUCUUCUCCCUGGCUAGACGUAUCGAGGGGGAUCACCGGAAAGCUAGACCGGGAAAGUGGGUUGUCAGCCAGACUCUGAUUCACCUUGUUCCCGAGUACAGGGCUCGUGGGUGUGAAGUUGAUCCUCGCAGUCGCGGUCAGGCCGGGGACCAUAGGCCAUCCGAAGCGAAUAUUGUCGAUGGUCCGUUCAACUUGGUCGGGCCAUGUAUUGCGAGUAGAAUCGAAGUUACUUCGGUCUUAUAACUCAACUGUCCGGGUAUUACCUUUACCUGGAUACAUUGUUUCCUCUUUAUGCCCAUAUCACCGC